AGUUCUCCACUGCUUGCUUCUACCUUGGACUACUUGUCCCAAGAUGCAGUUCCGCCUCCCAGAUUCCCUAGUUACUAUCUCUAAGCACUAAAGUCGGUGUUUGGAGAAAGGGACUCAGCCUAACAGAUGAGACAGACUAUAAACAGGAAGUCUGUAAGGCAGUGUGGUGGAAGAAUAAUACCAUGAUGGAGGAAGUGCACAGUGUUAUGGGAGAACAUAGCAGUGGCAUCUGACCAAUUUAAAGGGAAUCCAGGACAGCUUUCCGGAAGCUGAAGAAAGAGUAAAAGCCAAGCUUAUCAAAGUUUUGGCUUUGUUGCAAGAGCAGGUCAAGAUUUAACUUUUCUUCAGUGAGCAAGUGUGCAGAUUGUCAAAUAUGUCAGUUCAUCAAAUAAGAAAACGUGCAGUUCUCCCACCUAUCAUUUGUAGAAGUGACAAGGAAUUUUUGGAAAGUAUGCAAAGAUACAUAAUUACAGAAACUGAAAGACUGGGCUGUAAUGAGGAAGGACCUGCUGAUGAAUAUUACAUCAUAUACCGAAAUGUUUUUGAUAAGGUAAUAGAGCAUGUCACUGCAUACAAAUCCGUUCUUACUUCAAUCAAAAAAGAAUAUGAUGCCUUUAUUGAGACAAUAAAGAAAGGCCGAAGAACCGCAUUUUGUCUUCAUGGAAAACUUAAAGGUUUGGCAGCAGAGCCUACAGCUUUGGUAUAUCACAGGAAAAGAACAAUCCAACUUGAAGCAAAAAUGAAGAUUAUUGAAAAUAAUUCCUCGAAGAUUCAAUCUCAAAUAGAUCAAAUCAAGCAGUCUAGGGCAGCAUAUGACACGAAAGAAGUAAAAUAUUGUACUUUCUCCAAAGAUCCUUCAAAACCUAUUCCAGGCAUGACUCUCCAAGAAUCCAUGAAUCUAGAUGCUCUCACUAAAUACAUGAAACAUCUUGAAGAUAAAUAUGCAGAAAUUAAACAAGCUAUGUUGAUAAAAUAUGUGCCAGCUCAGAGGAAGUCUGAUUUAGAUGAAGAAAUGAUUGUGUUAUUAAAACGGCGAGAUGUAGCUGAAAAUCUGAACAGAAAGUUACAGUUUUGUCAUCAAAGACUGCAGAUAAUUUCACAGGCACUUACUUCAUGGGUAAAAUCUGAUAUGAGCAGCCCAUUUCGAGACUUUGUGGAGCAAAUUCAGAAAACCAAAUAUUUGCAAGGUGACCAAGGCAUUGUUGAAGAACUAAUGGAAGAUGAUCCAAACAGGGCAAAAGAAGCUGAAAUUAUGCUUCACUACAUUGAAAGAUUUAAUGAGUUAAUCUCACUUGGUGAAUAUGAAAAGGCAGCUUGUUAUGCAGCAAACAGUCCUAGAAGAAUUCUUCGAAACAUUGGCACAAUGAAUACAUUUAAGGCUGUUGGAAAAAUUAGAGGAAAGCCUCUUCCAUUACUCUUAUUUUUUGAGGCCCUCUUUAUCACAAGUCAUGCUUUUCGAUGUCCUGUUGAUGCAGCUCUAACCCUGGAAGGAAUCAAAUGUGGAUUAUCAGAAAAACGGUUAGAUUUAGUUAUCAAUUGGGUUACACAGCAAAGACUGACAUUUUCUGAAGAGGCUGGGGAUGUGAUUUGUGAUUAUGGGGAGCAGGAUACUUAUAACAAGGCCAAGUGCCUGGCUUUAGCUCAGAUUAUCUACAGUGAAUGUGGCCUGCACAAGAAAGCUAUUCUUUGCUUGUGUAAACAGGGUCAGACUCAUAGGGUCAUGGAGUACAUACAGCAGUUCAAGGACUUUACUACCGGUAAUUUCCCCACAGAUGCAGUAGAAAGUCUUAUGAUAAAUGAUUCAUUUUGCUCCACAGAAAGGUGGCAAGAAGUGGCAAAUAUAUGUUCACAGAAUGGCUUUGACAAAUUAUCUAAUGACAUCAUGUCUAUUCUUCGAUCUCAGGCUGCAGUUACAGAAAUUUCUGAAGAGGAUGACGCAGUUAACCUAAUGGAACAUGUGUUUUGGUAGUUCUAUAUCUUAACCAGCUGAGGGAGCUUGUACAACACUUUAUGUAUGCUGGUUGGGCAAACUGAUUUUAACAUAACUAACUUAUAAAUAAAUUUAGAGUAAGCUCUCAGAAAUAAAUCACACUUUUGUUAUGAUGACAUUU